AUGAGAGAAGAGAGACGGCUGAGGAGUUCAAAUUUGGGUUUGGAUCUUCUGCUCUUCAUCAGGUGUGUAAUGAGUCACAACAUGAAGCAGAAACAAGAAGGACUCCAAGAGAAUGUAAAGAGUAGUCCUGUUCCAAGAAGAACUCUGAAGAUGAUUCAGCCUUCUACGGCUGGAUCUCUGGUUGGAAGAGAAAAUGAGUUGGUUAAAGGCUUGUCCAAACAGAAACAUUGGAAUGACCAGUUAAUAUCUAAGACUUCCAGCUCUGGAGUUGUUACUGACCCAGAACAUAGUAAAAAUAAAACUCUUGGAGGAGUCAGCCAAGAAGCAUUUGAUCUUAUGAUUACAGAAAAUCCAUCCCCUCAAUAUUGGAAAGAAGUGGCGGAAAAACGGAGGAAGGCUCUCUAUGAGGCCCUUAAGGAAAAUGAGAAACUCCAUAAGGAGAUUGAACAAAAGGACAAUGAAAUUGCCCGCCUGAAGGAGGAGAAUAAGGAACUGGCAGAAGUGGCAGAACAUGUCCAGUAUAUGGCAGAGAUGAUACAGAGGCUGAGUCAUGAACCUCUGGAUAACCUUGAAUCACCGUAUAGUCAGGAAUUUGAUCCUGAACAGGCAACUGCUGAGGAUUCUGAAUGA